UGCUAGCCUGCUAGGCGCGCUCGUACGCACUCAACGUCCAAGCCGUGUGCCGGCCCCCCGCGCAGGCGCGCACCCCAUGCGCUCCUUUCCGUUUCAGUUUGCUCCCGAAUGCAUUCCUCGUGUACCCCUCACUUGCAUUUACUCGUGACACACUCGCCUGCGAGACUCGCACACAUCAUCCUUCCAGCUGCUUGUUGGUUCUCGAGGGCCCGGCCCCGGCGCGCGGCAGGCUAGCUGAGAUCAAUGGCGGAGGCGCGGCAGAGCGUGCAGGCGCUGGCGUCCUCCCCGGGCGCGGCCAUCAUCCCGCCGGAGUUCGUGCGGCCCGCGCACGAGCGGCCCGGUGCCACCACGUUCCGCGGGGACGCGCCGGCGCCGGAGAUCCCCGUGAUCGACAUGUCCCUGUCCUGGCCUGCCGCCGGCGCGCGCAUGGCGGAGGCCGCGAGAGAUUGGGGCAUCUUCCAGGUGGUGAACCACGGGAUUCCGGCCUCGGCCGUGGCGGAGCUGCAGCGCGUGGGGCGCGAGUUCUUCUCCCUCCCGCAGGAACACAAGUCGCGCUACGCCAUGGACCCUGCCUCCGGCAAGACCCAGGGCUACGGCUCCAUGUCGCUCCAGCAGAAAGAUAACCACGACAAGAAGAAGACGCCCACGACGUGGGUGGACUUCUUCUUCCACAACGUGUCCCCGCCGGCCAUGGUCGACCACCGCCUGUGGCCCGGCUCCGGCUCCGACAACGGCUACAAAGAGGCGAACGAGGAGUACGCGCGGCACGUGCAGCGGCUGACGCGGGAGCUCUUCGGGCAGCUCUCGGCCGGGCUGGGCCUUGAGGAGAGCGCCAUGUGGGAGGCCUUGGGCGGCGAGGACGUGGUGCUGCUCCAGAAGAUCAACUUCUACCCGCCGUGCCCGCAGCCGGAGCUCACGCUCGGCGUGGCCCCGCACACCGACAUGAGCGCGCUCACCGUCCUCGUGCCCAACGACGUGCCGGGCCUCCAGGUGUUCAAGGACGGGCGCUGGCACGACGUCCGGUACGUGCCCGGCGCACUCAUCAUCCACAUCGGCGACCAGAUCGAGAUUUUGAGCAACGGGAGGUACAAGGCCGUGCUGCACCGGACGACGGUGAGCAAGGACAAGACGAGGAUGUCGUGGCCGGUGUUCGUCGAGCCGCCGGCGGAGCAUGCCGUCGGGCCGCACCCGCAGUUCGUAACCGACGAGAACCCGGCCAAGUACAAGGCCAAGAAAUUCAGGGACUACAAGCACUGCAAGAUCAACAAGCUGCCGCAGUAACUGUAAACCGAGUCGUCAUGCAUUGUACGCCUUGCGCGCGCGUGUUUGUCAUGAUCAAAUGCAUAGUACUCUCAUCAUUCAUAAAAUUAUAA